AUGGCAGAAAUUCAAGAAAUUGAAGGCAGUAAUGUCUUUUCUCUGAUAUGGGAGGAGAAGGUAGUGGUGGCAGUCUCUAUUUUCAUCGCCAUGGCCCAGUUUCAGUAUGGAUAUGACUCUGCUGCCGUCUCUGGUUUCCAGAGCAUGCCGGGAUUUCUCACCAUCUUUGGCUAUGUUGAUCCAGAUACUGCCCUAGGCUAUAAUCUCAGCACUUCAGUGCAGACCCUGAUUCAGAGCCUCAUGCAGCUCGGCGGCCUUGUUGCAUGUCUUUUCAUCUUCAAAUAUGGAGGUCUGAUCAGUAACAGGCUAGGGCUCUGGAUUGGAUCCCUUGUAUCCUGUAUGGCCAUCAUCCUGCAGAUAAGUAGCAUCCAUAUCGGGGCCCUUUAUGCCGGACGUCUGCUUCUCGGCCUAUCGAACGGCUUUUAUCUGACCUACUCUGCCACCUACCUCGGCGAGAUUGCACCCACUCAUCUCCGUGGUUCAGCUGUAGGCCUGGUCACCUUCCAGACCUCAUUCGGUGCCUUGAUCGGAAUCCUUGUCGACAACUAUACUACACAAUAUUCUUCCAAAAUGUCAUACCAGAUUCCACUCGGAGUCAUGUUUGCCAUUCCAGUCGGACUUUCCGUCGGCCUCUUCUUUCUGCCAGACAGUCCACGGUACUAUGUGCGUCAUGGCGAGGAAGCAAGAGCAGCAGAUGCAAUCCGCAAGCUGAGAGGGAUCAGCGACGAAAGCAAAAUCAACGCCGAGCUCGCUAAGAUCAGAGAGGCGUGGCUGUUGGAAAGUACUUCAACCCAGUUUGUGCGUUUUGUUGACGCAUUCCGUGGACCAGACCUGAAAAGAACGAUUCUCAGUAUUUGCUGCAGCGUUGCUCAGACAGGCAGUGGGAUAAUCUUUUUCUCCAGCUACUCCGUGUACUUCUAUGCCCAAGCUGGCGUCACGAACGAGUUUGUAUGGGUGAUGAUGAGUCUCGCGAUUGCACUCACUGGAAACAUGAGCGCAUUCUUCGUCAUUAAGUAUAUUGAAAGACGAGUUUUGUUGGGAGUUUGCUCUGUCAUCAACGCCGCUCUGAUGUUCAUCAUUGCGGCCGUUUAUACCAAGUUCGGCGUCGGUUCGUACACUGCUGCCCAGCUUCUGGUGGCGAUGGGAACUCUUUUCACCUGGACAUAUGGUGUCGGUCAGGGCCCUGUUCUCUGGGCAUUGACGAUCGAGAUUCCGUCUCAGAGGCUGCGGUCGAAAACGGUUGGUCUUGCGGUAGGAGCUAAUUAUGUGUUCGGAUGGUUGGCGACGUACUGCACACCAUAUUUCAUCAAUCCUGGAUCAUUGAACUGGGGCCCAAAGUACUGUUAUAUUUGGGGCGCCAGUAAUCUCAUCCUGGCUGUAUGGACGUUCCUGGUUAUACCUGAUUUGAAGGGAAAGAGUUUGGAGGAAAUCAACAAUUCCUUGCCUGUGUUAGAUGAGAAAAAGUCAGACGAGACUGAAGUUUCUGUUGAACACUACCAGAAUGAAGAUUCUUGGUAG